AUGGCCAAGCAGAGUCCUGCGGAGCCGCAGGCGGCGAGACCGAGCGGCGCGGCCCGCGGGAAGAGCAAGAAGAGGAGGAAGAAGAGGAAGGUCCUCGGGGAAGCCGCGGCCGCAUCCAAAGGCCCCGGGGUGGCGGCUGUGGGUCCCCCUCGCAACCCCCAGGAGUUCUCCUCCAACUGGAAGGCGCUGCAGGAGCUGCUGAAACAAAAGGCAAGUAACUCCAACAAGCCCAUCUCUACGGGUCAAACAGACACCAAAAAGAAGCUGCCACUCAAAGCAGCCAAAAGCCCAGAAGUCCCAGCAGUCAAUGGGAACGGGAAUGUGGUAAAGGCCAAAUCCACAAAUAAAAUGGACAAUGGUUCAGCUAAAGCCAGUUCUUCUUUGGCUAAGCCAAUAUCCAAAAGAGUUACAGCAAAUAAGAACUUAAAUGGCACCAAAAGCAAUGGGAAAAGCUGCAAAGAAAAAAAGAAAAACGGCAUCGUUGUGAAGGACAAGGAUGAGGUGAAACAUAAGAGGAUGAAAACUGAAGAACAUGUGGAGCAGCAGCCCAAAGAGGCUGACAUCUGGUUUGAUGACGUUGAUCCAAAAGAUAUUGAAGCAGCAAUAGGGCCUGAAGCAGCAAAAAUUGCCAGAAGGAACAUGGGACUUGAAACAGAGCAAUCCCAGUCUGUGGAGCAGGUGCUGGUUAAGGAAAAGGCUUUUGAUGGGCUGACUCGAGCUGUGGCCAUGGACUGUGAGAUGGUGGGGGUGGGCCCCAAGGGCGAGGACAGCAUCGUGGCUCGGGUGUCCAUCGUCAACCAGUUUGGGAAGUGUGUUUAUGACAAGUACGUCAAGCCCACAGAGAAGGUGACAGACUACAGGACAGCUGUCAGUGGCAUACGGCCUCAGAAUAUAAACACAGGUGAAGACUUUAAAACUGUUCAGAAGGAGGUGGCUGAGAUCUUGAAGGGCAGGAUUUUAGUUGGCCACGCCUUACGGAAUGAUCUACAGGUCCUACUUCUUGAUCAUCCUCAGAAGAAGAUCAGGGACACACAGAGAUACAAACCUUUCAAAGAGAGAGUCAAAAGUUCCAGUCCUUCCCUGAAGCUGCUCUGUGAGAGGCUGCUCAACAUUCAGGUGCAGACAGCAGAGCACUGCUCGAUCCAGGAUGCACAAGCAGCUAUGAGACUUUACACCUUGGAGAAAAAGAAAUGGGAGGCUGCUAUUAGGAACAAAGCUAACAACAACAAAAAAAGUAAAACUUAAAAACGCUGGGUAGAAUCUUCCAAGUGCAGCAUUUGCUGGUUUGAUGUCACAUUCCAAAUUUAGAGAGAAGUCAGAACUGACAGCAGCUACUUCAUAAAAUCAGUCCAAAGACAAUGCUCCAAUAACCUGGAAGUACAGGAAUGCUGCUGCCAGCUGUGGAUGCUCCCUGUGCCUGAUGCCUGCUACUGUGUUCAAACAACCUUUGUAGCAAAUGCCUGCAGUUGGGAAGAACUUCCAUCAGUUAAUUCCUUCAACAGAAAUAGACACUGAAUAAGGUCAAAAAAAUUAAAAUAAGUUAAAAAAUAAAAAUAAGUUUAAAAAAUUAAAUUAUGAUAGAUGAAGGAAGAAAUUGUCAUUGCUUUGUCAAAACUCUGAGGAUUUCUUUAUUUCAAGUAUGUUGAGGUUCACAAAGUGAAGUCUACUACAAGGUGAAUUCUUAAUUAUUGCUGUUAGUUACACAGUUGUGGUACCUAAACCAGCCAUAAAUACCUGUUUAUAUAUUCUCAAUAGCCCAGUAUUUUUUCUGGUGAGAAGAAUCUUCUAAUGGAGGAUCCAGGCUUUUGUAUCCAGCAGUGGCCAAGUCUUGUUCUUAGACAAAGCGUUUUUCCUUCCUCAGUUUCAAAAGUGUUGCAUCCACCAGGGUGUGAAUCUCCUAGAGGGAAAUGUGAGAAUUGUCACACAGAAGAUGACCUUGUUGCUCCACUUAUUUUUGUAUUCAUUUAUUAAUAAAAACUAUGUGUCUAACAUA